GGAAGCCUCGGCAGCCUCGGGGCCGCCAGGGCGAAGGAGGGAGGGAGACGGGAGAGUAGGAAGGCAGGCGCGAAAGGGAGGCGGGGGUGGGGGCAAGGCCGAGCCCAGCGGUGUGGGGGUGUGAGUGUGUGUGCCUGGGCGUGCUUUGGGGCGUGUGUGCGCGCGUGUGUAAAACCUUAUAGAGGGCGCGCCUCCCGCGCGCGGGGCAGAGGGAAGCUGGAUACCCUGGACAGCGCAUCACUUCGCUCCUCAGAGCCGGGAGCUCCAGAGACGCCGCCAAACAUGGAGCAGCUAAUAGCCUUUGAUAAUGAAGUCAAUGCUUUUUUGGACAAUAUGUUUGGACCUCGAGAUGCUCGGGUCAGAGGAUGGCUCAUGUUGGACUCCUACCUCCCUACUUUUUUCCUUACUGUAAUAUAUCUACUUUCCAUAUGGUUGGGUAACAAGUAUAUGAAGAACAGGCCUCCACUUUCUCUCAGGGGUAUCCUUAUUUUCUAUAAUCUUGGAAUCACACUACUCUCUCUAUAUAUGCUUGUAGAGCUCAUUCUUGCCACUUGGGAAGGAGGCUACAACUUACAAUGUCAGAAUCUUGUCAGUGCAGGAGAAGCGGAUAUCCGGGUAGCUAAAGUUCUGUGGUGGUACUACUUCUCCAAACUGAUAGAAUUCAUGGACACGAUUUUCUUUGUUCUGAGGAAAAAAACCAGUCAGAUUACUUUUCUCCAUGUAUACCAUCAUACUUCAAUGUUUAACAUCUGGUGGUGUGUUCUGAACUGGAUACCAUGUGGACAAAGUUUUUUUGGACCAACACUGAACAGUUUUAUCCACAUUCUAAUGUACUCCUACUAUGGACUUUCGGUGAUUCCAUCCAUGCACAAGUAUCUGUGGUGGAAGAAAUACCUCACACAGGCACAACUGAUCCAGUUUGUGCUGACCAUAUCACACACCCUGAGUGCGGUUGUGAUACCUUGUGGCUUUCCUUUUGGCUGUCUCAUCUUCCAGUCUUCCUACAUGCUCACAUUAGUCAUCCUAUUCUUAAAUUUUUAUGUUCAGACAUACCGGAAAAAGCCUCUGCGACAAGAUACAAAAGAGAACCUUACAGGGAAAGAAGUCACAAAUGGUUUUCCCAAAGUUCAUUUCACUGCAGCUAAUGGAACUGGAGACAAGAAAGGACAGUGAAAAUAGGAAAGAGAACAGCACACAAUGGAGCCUAAGAAAUUCUUUUGUUGUAAAACAAAAACUGAGUUGAAACAGUUCUUUAAGUUUUAGUACAAACUGACAUCUGUUGUUUAUAAAUCAUUUGUACCAAAAAAUGUAUUAUUAAUUCAUUGAUAUUAGGUUUAACAUAUUUACUAAAUGCUUUGGUCAAAGGUUAACCACUGAGAUGAUGCUGGAAAUUUUAGAUCUCAACGUUAAUGUAAAAACCUCCCAAGUGCCCUCCCAUCCCGUUUCUUUUUAUGAGGCCUUAUGCACUGUUUCCCAAGUAAACCCAAAGAGCAUUAAGUAUUUUCAUGGUAAGCCUUUAAAUAAAAAAACAGUUAGGGUUUUGUUCAGGUUAAAAUGUUUAGACGACAGUGUUAUCUUCUAGGCUACAUACAAUAGGCAUUAUACCCAUGGAUAGAGUAGUCAAUCCAUUGGGCUCAAUAUGGCAUAAAUCUCUAGAAAUCAUUUAAAAGGGAAGAUGGAAUAAGGAAAGAAAGGGAUAAAGCAGAAUGUCUUUCCAAAGCCACAAUCUACUUUGUCUCACAUUCUCUAAUUACUUCUUCCAAAGAGAAUCUUAGUGAGCUGGUGAUAGAAUAUGCUUUUUUUUAAUUUUGAAAAUUAGCUUUGCUAAGAGAGAAAACAAACACUGCCAAAUCCUCAUAACCACAGACACUUUGGCUAGGAAUCUGACUCUUCAGAAAUUUCAUGGAGUCCUCAGUCCUUUUAAAAUACUAUCUUCAUUUCAGGCCUCUUCAUGGGUUCAGCCUUUGGAUUAGUUAAGAUGCAGGUGGACAGCCUGCUCAGUACCAAAAGUAUCCUCUAAUUCUGGUUGUCUGCUCUUCCUGUCUCUAUGCAAUGACUAGAGUCCAACCUUCUCUUCCGUUGGGUUGUGUGCAUCACUAACACUUGUUCUGAAAUCAGAAUUACCUGAGCAAUGGAGACAAGACAAAUGGAAUUUUUAUGGUGCUUAUUUUGGACCUAGUCAGAGACAUGGCAAUAGUUGCCUUAUGUACCACCCUUUGAAAGAUAUUUACAUUCUUCAGCCUAGGAAGGAAGAAGUGGGUCAUGGGAUGUACUGUUAAAAAAAGAAUUCCCAUGGACAUAGUGGGAUAGUCAUGAGACACUGACAAAGGCCAGCUUAGCAAGUGAAAGCUUCUCUGUGCUGGCACUGCUCUAUUUAAUGGUGGCCAACCUUAAAAGAAGAGGAAAGCCCUAAUAAGAAUUCCCCUCUUUCCCUGAGGGAAUCUUGAGAUUUAAUUUAAUACUAUGAUACUGUCCUGAGAUUAGAAAUAGACGGAUGUUAUCUGAAUAUUGGAUAGAGAUUGAUUUCAAGCUUACAGAAUUAGAAUAGGCAGCUUUAUAACUCCAUCCCUUCACUCACACUUGGGCUUACUGCAGAUGUUUCUCAUUUUUAUACCUUUUAAAAUACUUUUCAGUUCAUCCUGUUAGCAUCAGUUGCCACAGAAGAGCAUUUUAAUUGAUAACUUUCUAUCCACCGUUUGCCACCUUUUCCAAUAACCCUUAGUAGCUUUUCAAUUAUUUUCUUAUAAAAACUUAUGAUCACCCUGACUUCUCAUUCAUUCACAUUGCUCACUUAGGAGGCUGUGCCCACCUUCUGAGAGGUCACCUGAGUAUAUACAGCAUUUAGUGUCAGUGAAUUGUCAUUACCUGGUUUGUCUUUUUCUUACCACAGUUUAACGUUCUCUUUUGAACUUUGAUCCAUUCCUAUUAAGCACAACAGAGCAAAUUUGGUCCCAUCUUGGCACCUUCUCACUCUAGGAUUUUUAAAAUUUCUGGCAUAUUGUAAGUCCAACCUCUGAAGCUCCAAGUAAUUAACCAUUUCUUCCACCUUGCAUUAACCUAUACCUUUAUUCACUGGAGCAGUUGCUGCCUUCUAAUAGUCCCCAGUGACACACCUUCAAGCCAGCAUGGCAUUUGCAUAAUGCCUUUUAAAACCAGAACUAAAAUUGAGAUUGUCAUAGCUUCUCUUUGGCCAAGAAUAAAACAGGAUGAAGAGGAUGCUCAUUUGAGAAAUCAGUUUCUUCUUCAGGUCCUAGGUCUUAGACAAAGCUGAAUCUUGUUACUUAAGUGCAAUCAAGGUAAAAAAUGAACUUUUUUUGCAGAUAGCCAUCAAAGAGGCCCAUUCACCAGCCCUGUUUCUUCAAGUCAGAUUGUUUAGUUAUUAGCAAGGCAUUAAAAGUCCCCUCCAAGUGUCCAUGGCUGAGUAUUGCACUAGUUAGUCAUCUUUUCAUGCCACUUAUACUUAAAAGCAAAGAUUCAGCUGAAUCACAGAGUCAAACAGUGGCGAGCACAGAAUGGCUUGGGGACUGUUAGAGGCAAAGAGGGAAAUCUGACAUUUUGGGGUAGCCUCCAAAGACAACCAUGCUCUUAAGCUGGCAGCCUUGAAUACACAAGCAAUUUAAUGGCUCAAGGUUAACUCAGAGCUUUGUCCAAUUCUAAACUGGCCUUUAGUUCAAUGAGGCCUAAUUUGAACAUAUACACACAUGUAUAUAUAGCUAUAAUAUACAUAUAAAAUCAUAAACCAUUCAAGGGCUUUGUAAAGGGCACACACUCAUAGCUUUGAAAUCUUAGCUAUGAGAACUGAAUCAGGUGUGUUCCAAAUGCUUCUCUCUUAGAACAUCUUUGAAAUACUGCAACUUUGAAAAAAUAGAAAUGUUGAAUUUUUUAAAAUGUGGUUUCUUAUAAAAAUACUGUAAAUAAAACUUUUACGUGUCUGUCUAACCCUAUGUUGUUUAGGAAAUAAGUACAAGCAGAAUUUUUUGGAUGGGGAAGAAAUAUUUUUUCCCAUAACAGUGGAAAAAAUUAGAUUUUAGUAAUACAUCUGUUGAUAGUUUUCCCCAUUAAAAAAUUAAAAUGAAAUGUUUGUCUAAACAGAAUGGAACAUAAAAACUUCAAUUUUUAAAAUGCAGUGCUAUCAUUCAUGUAGUAUGUACUGAAGGAUCAAAUUAUUUUCACCUGAGUAGUGUUUGUGUUUGUUUUCAAGAGAAAAUGUCAUUUGUGCUGGUAGGUUGGAGGGAAACAAGUGGGUAAGAAGCCAGUCUGAAUUCUUUCCAAAGAUUCAAAGACACUUUCCUUAUUUUCAAACGUUUCUGGGUAUUUUUCUGUCUGAAACCUGGAUAAGGACAUCAAUUUCCUGUGUUCAUAUAGGAAGGACUUAAGUCUCAAGAAUACAGCAUCAUGAUAGAGUGGACAGGGAGGCAGAAGUCAUUUUUUUCUUCAUGUAUUAAAAGCAUUCAGUAUGAUUGUUGUAUAUUAAAUUUAUUUUUACCUUAA